UUGCCAUCGACCGACUCUAAUUCUGCUAGGGUUUUCUUGAAGAGAGGCCGAAGGAAAUAGUCGGACCCUCAAACGGAAGCCGACGACAAGGCAGCUCCGACACCGAUGAGCGACUAGGCCAUGAUACCCAGCGGCAUCGGAGAACUCUAGGAGGAGCGGCUCCGAUCGCGGAGCAGCGGAAAGUCCGCGAUGAACGGCGAACAGAUGGACAUCGAGGCCUAUGCGGCACUAUAUACUGGAAGGACGAAGGUCUUGAGGCUUCUGUUCAUAGCGGAACAGUGCGGAAACCAGAGUAUGCAGCUGGAGGCCCUCCGUAUGGCCUAUGACGAGAUUAGGAAGGGUGAGGACUCCCAUCUCUACCGGCAGGUCGUGCAGAAAAUCGACGCAGGACUAGGCCCGCACUGCGAAUUGGACCAUUCUUGGGCUGACGCUAUCGACCGCCGCGCUGAGCAGCGAAAGGAGAAGCUUGAGAACGAGCUCAAUAGUUACAAGACAAAUUUGAUUAAGGAAAGCAUCAGAAUGGGCUACAAUGAUUUUGGAGAUUUCUAUUAUGCUCAUGGUCAAAUUGGUGAUGCAUUUAAGAAUUAUGUUCGAACUCGUGACUAUUGUACUACUUCGAAGCAUAUUAUUCAAAUGUGUUUAAAUGUGAUACUUGCUAGUAUUGAGCUGGGCCAGUUCAUGCAUGUUUCCAACUAUGUGUCUAAAGCUGAGCAAACACCUGAUUCAUUGGAUCCCAUUACUGUUGCAAAAUUACGAUGUGCUGCAGGAUUAGCUCACUUGGAAGCUAAGAAGUACAAGCUUGCUGCUCGCAAGUUCCUUGAAACUGGCCCAGAACUGGGAAACAACUAUUCCGAAGUAAUAGCGCCUCAAGAUGUCGCUACUUAUGGUGGACUUUGCGCUCUGGCUUCUUUUGACCGGACAGAGCUGAAGAACAAAGUCAUAGACAAUAUCAGCUUCCGAAAUUUCCUAGAGUUGGUGCCUGAAGUUAGGGAACUUAUUAAUGAUUUCUAUGCAAGCCGGUAUGCAACUUGCUUGGAUUAUCUUGAGAAUCUGAAACAUAAUCUUCUCCUGGAUAUUCAUUUACAUGAUCAUGUUGAACCAUUAUACACUCAAAUUCGCCAUAAAGCCAUCAUUCAGUAUACCCAUCCUUUCAUUUCCGUUGAUCUGCCCACAAUGGCCAGUGCCUUCAAGACUACCGUUGCUGGGCUACAAAAGGAACUGGAGGCCUUGAUUACUGACAACCAGAUACAGGCUCGAAUAGACUCGCAUAACAAAAUCCUUUAUGCCAGACAUGCCGAUCAGAGGAACGCAACAUUUCAAAGAGCACUUCAAACUGGUGUUGAGUUUGAAAGAGAAGUUAGAGCAAUGUUGCGUAGGGCCAAUCUUAUCAAACAUGAUCACAACCAGAGAGGCUCCAGGAAGCUAUGAUUCGAAGGACCGGCUUCCGGCAACCUGAGUUUGAUGAGUUUUUUCUUUGAAUUUUGCUCCUCAAUCCUGUGCCUUAACCGAAGAGAUCAAAAGUGGCCAUUUGCAACUCAGCCAACCAUUGAAUCUUUUUUUUUUUUUCAAUGUCAAAUUAUGGAGAGUAUAAAUUAAUUUCUCUUAGGUAUAUUGUUCUUGAAAGAUUUAUGUACUUUUUGUUGGAAUUGGCGGAAAUUGUAUGGUUGAAAUAUGAAAAUCCUGUAUACUCUAUGUCCUGGAAACCCGUCACCAUACAGAAUGUAGCUCCCCAAUUUGAUGCAGGAAAUUGUAAUUCCAUUCUUAAGAUCCUC